AUGAUAAGGCAAAUCCUGUUCUUCUAUUCCUUCGUCUUGCUGAUGAAGUUUUUCAAGGCCUUCAGGGCGAACCCCCGCCUGAACAUCGUCAUUCAGACGAUCACCAGUGCAUUCAUCGAUCUGAUACACUUCUUCUUGGUCUUCUCUCUGAUCUUCUUCGUUUUCUCUGGGUCCGCGCACAUCAUAUUCGGGGCCAGCAUGCAGCAGUUCAGCUCCCAGGGGAAGUCGGCCAUGAUGUGUUUUCGCAUCCUCAUGGGCGAUUUCGAUGUUGAAGAGAUGGUGAUAGUAGGAGGGUUUUUUGCAUAUUUCUGGUUCUUGUCGUUCGAGUUGCUGGUGUUCCUGAUCCUGUUGAACUUGCUGUUGGCCAUCAUCGUCGAUUCGUACGCCGCCGCCAAAGCCAAGUACGUGGACCCCAUCACGAUCUGGGGCCAGGUCAACAAGGCUCGCAAGACGCUGCGCGAGACGCGCGGCCACUUGGACCAGUGGUAUCUGAUCUGCGAGUUCGAGGACGACGAGUACCCUGCUCACCCGCAGCCGAGAGUGACGUCCAAGUCGUUACGAAAGGCUUUUGCGAGGGAGAAGAUGACCAAGAACAACGCCGACUACUGCGUCCGGAAGGCGCUCGAGUACCAGAAGGAGAAGGAGGGCGAGUUGGAUCUCACGAUCACGGACGCCAUCCGGGAGAUCAGCAAGAUCGGCGUGCAGACCCUCAAGAUCGCGGACCAGACGGAGUCGACACUGGACAUGCUGAAGGAGGACCGCAGGAGGCCCCAGGAAGCACGCCUCAAGGCGAUAUGGGAGGGCGAGGACCUCGAGAAGGCCCGAGACGGGUAA